CCCUAAGAAGAGCAGAGGUGAGGCUGAGAGGGCUGAACAGCAGCUAGGGGGCUGCCGGGGGGCUGAAGUGAGGAGGGUGGGGUCUGCAUUAAUGGUAGGUUCUGAGCAGAUGACCCGGUACUGGGAGGGUGAACUGAGGAUGGUGGGGGUGAUGGAAUGAGGGGGUGGCUGAACUGAUGGGGUUGUGAUGAUGGGGGCUGAGGGACUGAUUGAGGGGUUGGGUUGGGGACAGGAUUAAUUGCUGGGCAGGGUGAGAGCUGCUGCAGCAGGGGCCUUACCCAGUACGUGUAGGAGAGAACACUAAUAGUCACACACUCUGAGGAUGGGGUGGGGAGGGGGUGUUCCCUCUCAGAAAGAAACUGUGUUGAAGAUGAUGAAAGGAACAUGUCUGAACAUGCAGGAUCUUCAGGUUGGUAAACUUUUUUUUAUUUGAUACUCCGUUCUUAAGGACUGCCUGUCUUUCUUCUGGACUAUUCUUGAAUUCUCAUAUUUGAGCAAAAAAAUAUAGUUGUUACCCUAUGGGUGCUAUCAUUUUUGAUGCAGUUGUGAUAAAAAUAAAUAGCUGAAAUAGGCAGAUCUUCCUUCUACAAUUUCACCUUUAAAGUAGUACUGAGUGUCAGUGAAUGCAAUGAGUAAUACUAAACGAGCAGUAUGGUAAUAAUAAUUAAAUAACUGCAUUGACUUAUUUUGUUCAGGAGAAUCCAUUUGCAACAUACAGGAUUCUGAACACUCUCCACCUUAAAGAUCACCAUCAUUUUCUGUUGUUUCAGAAAAAACAACAAAGAGUCUUGUGGCACCUUAAAGACUAACAAAUUUAUUAGAACAUAAGCUUUCAUGGGCUUUAGCACUUAUUCAGAUGUGAGAGUUUAAACUGGAGUUUGGCAGGUGAACAAAUCUAUACUUACAAAGAUGGGUGUGGAGCAUUAUUAUGCAGAGGGCCAGUGUUAAAGAGUCCAAGACAAUUGGGGGGGGGGUGGCCCAUUAUUAGCUGUAAUGAGAAGUUGUGAAUAUCAAAAGUGCGAGAAUGUUUUUUGUCGUGAGCCAGCCAUUCCCAAUCUUUAUUCAAGCCAAGUGUGAGACAAUCAAACUUGCAAAUGUAUUCUAAUUCAGCUGUUUCAUGCAGGAGUCUGUUUUUGAAGUUUUUUUUAAAUGUGGCAACUUUCAAAUUUGACACUGAGUGUCCAAGGAGAUUAAAAUGCUCUCCCACUGGUUUUUGAAUAUUCCCAUUCCUGAUGUCUGAUUUGUGUUCAUUUAUUCUUUUGCACAGAGACAGUCCAGUUUGGCCAAUGUACAGUUUCAGAGUUAUCUGCCAAUGAUUCUGUUUCAGUCACAUCAUGUAUGUCACAUAGCCACUGUAUAUCACCUACAGCAAAAAGAAAAAUCAUCCAUCAUCCAGAAACAACCAUAGAAAAGUUUGUGAUAAAAACUAGCAGAUUACAAAGAGAGGUAAUUGGUGAAAAAAUUGCCCAGUUUGUUUAUGCAAUAAACUCUCCUAUCCGUAUGACUGAGAACCCACACUUCUUUAACGUGGUUCAGUCAUUAAGACCAGGAUACAGUACACCCAACAGAGCAGAUGUCGCAGGCAAAUUGCUGGAUAAAGUGUAUGAAAGAGAAAUUAAGCAGUGUGCGAAAAGUCUAGAGGGUAAAAUUGUUAACCUGAGUCUUGAUGGGAGGAGCAAUGUCCACAAUGAACCUGUUGUAUGUGCCUGUGUGACAACAGAAGAAGGGAACGUCUUCCUUACAGAAACAACUGAUACAUCAGGAAAUGCACACACAGCAGAAUACUUACAAGAAGUAGCAGUAAAAGCUAUAACAAACUGUGAAAAAAAAUUCAAAUGUCUAGUAUGCAGCUUGGUCGCAGACAACGCUGCAAGUGUAUCCAAGAUGAGAAGAAAUUUAGAAGAGUCUCAAGCUAAUAACACGGUUGCAGUGCUCAUCUGAUGCAUCUUCUAGCCAAAGACUUCAGUGUUCCAGAAAUAUUUUUUUUUGAAAUUGCAAAAUACUUCCAUGACAACCACUUUGCAGCAGCUGCUCUGAAAAAAAAUGGAAAGAACCAAGCUAACACUCCCACAAGAUGUGUGACGGAACUCAGUAGUGGACUGUUUUGAGCACUAUGUCAAGAACUGGCCUAACCUGGUGACAGUUUGUGAACAAAAUCCUGAAAAAACAGAUGGCACCGUCACAGCCAAAGUUCUCAACAUUGGGCUUAAGAGAAAUGUUGAACACAUGCUGAGUACCCCGAAGCCUAUUUCUGUAGCCUUGAACAAAAUGCAGGGAAAUAGCUGUUUAAUUGCUGAUGCUGCUGAAAUUUGGAAGGAACUGAGUGAGAUCUUAAAAAGAGAACUAUGCAAUGACAGAGUUAAAUUACAAGUAUUAAAAAAUGAAUGGGACAAGCACUUUCUCCAGCUCAUUUUCUUGCAAAUAGUCUCAAUACUUGGUACCAACGUCAAACCUUAACUGCUGAAGAAGAGGAGUUGGCUAUGACAUGAACAUCCAGCAAUCAUCCCUCCAUAAUGCCAACUAGAAUAAACUUCAGAGCUAAGAGUGAACCAUUGAAGAAACGUAUGUUUGCUGAUGAUGAUUUAAAGAAAGUCACACCAGUGAACUGGUGGAAGUCACUUAAGCACUUGGAUUCAGAGACUGUUGAAGGGAUCAUCUCACUUUUAACAGCAGUAGCUUCUUCUGUCAGCAUAGAAAGAAUAUUUUCUUCCUUUGGACUAAUUCAUUCCAAACUGAGAAAUCAUUUGGGACUUGAAAAAGCAGGAAAGCUUGUUUUUCUUUCCCAGAUUACGAACAAACAGGAAAAUGAAGGUGAAGAUGACUGAGUUAACUGCAGAAGCUGAUAUUUUAAGUUUCUCAUGUUGACCUGGCUGAUAUAGUCAAUUUAAUUUUUGUCUUGUUUUUUAAAUAUUUCAUUUAACUAUUUUAGUUUAAAAGAAUUUCAACAAAAACAAAUCUGAUUUUAAAUACUUGAAUAUUUAACUAAAUUCAAAAAUUCGCAUGCUUGUUUUGUACAAUAUUCUAUGUUUGCUAUUGAAGAAAAAAUCCAGAAUACAUAACGUUGUUGUUUUAGUUAAAUAAAACAAUUUAAAUGUCUGUCUGGUGAUGUUUUCCUCCAUGGCAAGAAAAUCCUCCAAAUAUUAAUGAUUAACCUGUUGAAUUGGAGAUCGUUCACCCCCUAAUGACUUCAUAAAUAUCUGCUUCAAUUACCUUUGGUAAAUGAAAUAACCAAACAAUCAUUGGUUUUCUGAUAUAGCUGUAAAACUCAUCUGAAAAGUUUUCAAAAUAAAUCACUGUUUAAAAAUGUAUAGUGUGUACCUUCCAAAAACGAAACCUACAUCUGUCUCUGUGUUGUGAAGAAUAUGUAUUAAGGUUAUAACAAAGAACACAAAUGCACUUUUAUGCAGAAAACCAGGAUUAAAUGGAGUCUUCCUGACGAGUGAUUUAAAUCAUGAUUUAAAUGAAAUCCACCCUGUUUGAUAAAGAAUUUUUCUCUUCAGCAGCCUGUUAUCCAGAUCAAGUUACAGUGAAGAUGAAGGUUCUUUCAUUCUGUCCUAGCUCCACAGUGAGCCCCUCUCUGCCUGGUUUGAUCGUUUUCUUCAUUACUUUUCCCAUUCACAAGCUGGAAUCAGCCCAAUUCAGCGUGACCGGUCCUGGUCACCCUGUCACUGCCAUUGUGGGUGAGGCCAUUGUGUUACCCUGUCACCUGUCCCCCAGGAUGAGCACUGAGAACAUGGAGGUGAGAUGGUUUCGAUCUCAGUUCUCUGGAGUUGUGCAUCUGUACCAUGAUGGGCAGGAUCAGUAUAGAGAGCAGAUGCCAGACUAUCAUGGAAGGACAGAACUUUUGAAAGAUGGCAUCAUGGAUGGGAAUGUUUCCUUGCGGAUUCUUAACAUCUGUCGCUCAGAUGAAGGACAAUACAGCUGUUUUAUUCAAAGUCAUGCUUUUUAUGGUGAAGCCCUAUUGGAACUGAAGAUAGCAGGGAAACAUCUUAAAGAUAUCAAGGAAUGGGUUACAGAAAUUGAUGGUCUUCAAAGAGAACUUGCCUGGAGAAGAAACAUCGUCUGCCCAGAUGAGCUCUCAUCUCUGAUUCUGUGUUUCCAGGGCUGGGAAGUUCUACGCCACCUGUACAAGGUAACUGAAGUUCAGAUUCUAUCAAUGUGCCAAUCUCAGCUGCUCUUAGAACAUUUUGCUUCUUUCCUCUGACUGUGGCCGUGGGAGAGGAGUUCGUUGCUCAGGGUAGAGCUCACAAGCAUCCUGCAUUUCCCAGCACAGCGGGAGGGGAGGGAGGUUGUGUAGCCAUGGCCUGAGUACAGCAGUAAAUCCAGACGCUAUUGUGUCUACUCCUCCUGUCUCUCCUCUGCCUUCAUGUGCAGUGCGACCUGCAGAGCUUCCUGGGCCCACCGCCCAGCCUGGCUGCACAGACACUGAUGUGUCCCUGUCCCUAGCACAGGACCAAAGACACAGCUCCUUGUCCCCGCAGCUCCCCAGGGCUGUCCCUGCUCACAGCCCCCUCCCUACCUGAGGCCCUGGGGGCCAGAGCCAUGAGCUGUGGAACAGGAGCAAACUGAAUUCUGGGUCUGUUAAAUGUCCAGUAACUGAGGAUUAACAAUUCAGAGUUUGGAAAGAGAGGAAAUGACAUGUAAAUGCUAAAAUUUAGAGAUUAGAGAGAGGAACAAAGAUA